AUGGCCGACACAAGGCAGAACUUCCCGAGUUUGUUGGCCUUUGCAGCGGGCUUACCCCCGGACGUCUCUUCCCUCAUUCGCUUGGACAAGUUCGCUUUGAACGCUGCAAUCCGCUUGUGUGCGAAGACCGGGAGAUGGCACUUUGCUGGCAUUCUGCUGGAGAUCAUGCGGGCGGAGCGCGUGGAGAUUGACAUCAUCGCCCUCACCACGGUUGCGGCUUCAUGUUCCAGGAGCUCAGCAUGGCAGAGGGCACUGGCCGUGGUUUCUGGCCUGGACCUCGAGCUCCAACCUGAUGCCUUAGCCUACAACACCUUGAUCAAUGGCCAGAGUAAGGGCUUGGAUUGGCGCUGGGCGCUUUUCGGGGCCCAGGCACUUCGGCGUAGAGUGCUCGAGGCCUCCAAAGUCUCGUACACGGAUGGCCUCACAGCAUGUGGUGGAUGCAGGAAGUGGAGCCAGGCUUUGGAUGUCCUGAAGUCCAUAUCCCCCAAACUGCGAGUUGAUGCCGUCAUGUACAGCACAAUGGUUUCUUCCAUGACAGAGGCUUGGGAGCUUGGCCUUGAAGUAGGGAAGGGUAUGCUGUUGCAACACCUUGAGGUUGACAUGCACGCCCGCAACACUUUGCUUAGCAUAGCCUGCGGCAAACCAGAGACACGAUGGGCGUCCAUUUGCGACCAGCUUCUCAAAUUGCGUCGAGCAGGCUUGCAGCUUGAGCUGUGGACCCUCAAGGUUGCAUCAUGCGAGCUUGCAGAGAGCGGGAGGUGGCCUUUGGCGGUGCAUGCUCUGAGUGUGGUGAGACAAGAGAGCCUGCAGGACGAUCUGGCCAUCUACGGGUCGGCAGUGCAUGCUUGUGUAACACAGUGGGGCCGUUCGCUUCAGUUGCUCCAGAGCCUCUCCACCUCUUUUCUCGAAGUGAGCACCGUCAUCUUUGGAGCGGUGUUGGCAGCAUGCGGAAUGGACCAGAAGUGGGCACAAUCCUCACAGCUACUAGCUCAGCUGCACCAGAGGAUGCUUGAAGUGAGCACCGUGGCUCAGAACGCAUUUCUGAGCUCUUGCAGGCAAGCUCAGUCCUGGAAGGCUGGGCUUGCUCUGACAGAGGCCACCAAGCCUGGGCUUCAGCUGGACAUCAUCAGUUCUGGAGCUUUCCUGAGCGCUUGCCGAGCCGACUGGGGACUUGCCUUGCAACAAUUGGAGUUUGCGGGCCGGAGUGCUCUGCAGACAGGCGCCCAGUUGACAGGGACAGAGAUCGUUACGCUCAACACUGUCUUGGGCAUCCUGGAAGAAAACUCUUGCUGGAAAGGUGUUGUUGUUCUUCUUCGCCAGCUUGCCUGCACCAUGCUGAAGCCGGAUACUGUUACAGACAUCGCUACUACGGGCGCCCUCGGCAAAGCCGACGCCUGGAAGCUCGCAGCUGCGUCGGCAGCGGCCUUUCUCCAGCGGGGCCCAGCUGAUGUGGUCUCCUUUGGUGCAACGGUGUCCGCCUUCGAGAAGGCUUUUCGCUGGCAGCAAGGCCUUCUCCUCCUCAACGUUUUUGCUGCACGCGCUCUACGGCUGAAUGCUGUGGCGUGCAGUGCAGCCAUUGGCGCAUGUGAGAAGGCGCAGCUCCAGCUUGCGAUGGAAAAUGCAAGCAAGGCGUUCACGGAACACUACAUCCAAGAUCUGGCGGGCUCCCGAGCAUUCCGCAGCUGGACCGCUGAGAUCUGGCAGGGAACUGAAAUCUUGCCUCCAGUCCCUUCUUCGGCAGCAGGCGCCGCUGCAGGUGCUCCUGGUGGUGCCGCGGGGUAUCCUAGUGCUCUUCCUCCAUGGCUUGUGAGGCUGCAGCGGAGGUGGCGGCACUUGAAGGUCGUGCGCGGCAAGGAUUUCGGCCCUGGAACUGGAUUGUUAGCAGCAGCAAGACUAAUCCAGGAUCCAAGUGCUUGGAUUCUUGCUGUGGAUGACGAUCAUACGUACCACCCAGAACUCACCACAAACCUUCUGCGGUUUGCAGCCGGCACUCCGGGCGCGGCCGUUGGCGCGCACGGCUGGCUCGCGCUCAGCCCCCCAGAUGCCGGCUACGCGACAAAAGUUGCGGGACCAGCCUUGGCUCGUAACCUGCGGGAGAGCAAUGUGGCUGCUGGGCCCAUACUCUGCCACUUCUUGGGGCUCCUCCUGCAGCGAGGAAUGCUGGAUGGACUUGAACAGCCUCCAAGGUUGUCGGCCUGCACCGAACACAACGACAUCUGGCUAUCGGCUCACCUCGCCAAGAACCGAAUUCGUCGUGCGAUGGUCUCCGACCCCCUGGGUGCAAGUGACCUUUCAACUCACCGGAGGCAAGGACUAUCCCUGUCCCGGAGACGAAGGCGUCGCCCAGAGGAUGGCUGUCUGUUGGAAUUCGAAGAGCAAUAUGGAAGCGAGUUGUGGAGACCGACGCCCCGAGUUGUGCUUUGCACCAUUCAGGUACCUCCUAACAUUGCAAGCGUUGGCCUGGAUGCAGGGCAACCGCUGCAUGCCAUCUAUACCUGCGACGGGGACUGGGGACAGCAACGCCGGGAGCACGACAGCAUCAGGCGGCUUGCGUGCUCUGACAUCAGCGAGCAGGCGUUGCUGGCCGAGGUGCUGAUUCGCGAACGCGAGGCAUCUACAAUCCUGGUGCUCCCGCAGCUCUUGGGGAAUCGUGGGGAGCUGCCCAGAAAAUCUGCAAACGUCUUGAACGCGCUGCGGAGCUGCCUUGAUGCCGUUGCCGUCUCCGAAGGCUUCUGUGAGAUGUCACACUGGCGAGUGCUUUGCACCUGGCUGGCCGCGCUGGUUUUCAAGAGGCGCUGGCGGCUGCUGCUCUUGCACCGUGCGGGCCGAAACAAGCUGGACAUGGAGGAGCAGCCACACAGUGCAGUAACAACGCAGCAGCAGGGGAGGUGGGACACACUGCUCGGAAGUGCAGUCAUUGCGCUGGUGGGUGCCCUAACCCAUCAUCUAAGAGAAAUUGGCUGGGAGUUUGCCCCAUCAGUUUUGCACCACUAUGGUUUCCAGGCUUUAGGUGCAGGCGUGACGUUCGCAAUAGUUUUCCGGACGCAGCUUGCUUGGAAUCGGUAUUGGGAGGCCGUUACCCAGCUGCACAUCAUGUAUAGCAAGUGGACGGAUACUUUUACGCAGUUCCAGGCUUUCGCAGAGGUCACACGGCUGGCUGCAUUGAGCAAAGGGGAGAAACAAAAAGCCGACAGCCUCCAACUGAAACAGAGGAGAGUGAAGACCAACUUUGCAAUCCUCAGUAUGCUGGCCGCGGAUCGGCUACACACUGGGGACAACCAACAGAUAGAGGACAUGAAGGCCAGAUGGGCGAAAACGCGGGCAGCCAUGCGCAUCCACAAAGAGACCAAGCUCUUCGAUCUUCCGCAGAUGGUGGAGUGGAAGGACUUCGACCGAAAGGAUCCCAACGAAAGUGUGUAUGUCAUCUUUGAGAUGCCCUCCCGAGAUCAGAUGGAACUUCUGGAGCAGUCCAACGAUCCAGUGUCGACGGUGAUGUACUGGAUCAUUUGGGACCUCGCCGAUGUGAUGAAGCACUUCGACAUUGCUCCCCCCAUUCAGUCCCGGAUGUAUCAGGAACUCUCGAAUGGCAUGCUGGGCUACAACAACUGUCUCAAGAUUGCAGACGUACCUUUCCCUUUACCGUUUGCACAGUUAUUGGGGCUGCUGCUGGCCUCCUUCUCAGUUCUCAUUCCCAUUUAUGUUGUGGUGUUCACAGGCUCCCCUAUUGCAGGGCCCAUUCUCUGCUUUUUCCUUUAUGCCAGUCUGUGGUGUCUCAACGAAGUGGCCAAAGAGCUGGAAAAUCCCUUUGGCGAGGAUGUAAACGACAUUAGCCUUGUGGAUUUCCACACCAACUUCGUGGAUGUUCUGGAAGAUGUGACGAAGGAGAAGCAGAAAGCUCUGCUCAUCAACCCGACGAUGGGCCUAGGAAGCUUGGAGCCAGACAUCGGGGAGAACGCUGCGACAUCAAGCGAUCUCACUACGAGUCACGGCCACGUCGAAGUGUUGCAGGAAGCUUUGUGA